GUCAUCUUGUCAAGAAUGUUGAUGUUCUAGCUUGUGAGAAGCAUGGCAAAAUUUUUGAAGAUGGGCAGUUUGGCUCUCUGGUUUGGUCAGCAUCAGAGAAGUACCUGUUAUAUGUGGCGGAAAAGAAGCUGCCAAAAGCUGUUUCAUAUUUUGAGAAACAAAAAGGUGAUGCUGCAGCAGACAAGCCUCCUCCAGAAAAGGGAAAUAAAUUUGAGUUCAAGGAUGACUGGGGUGAACAGCUUGUUUCCAAGUGUUCCCCUGUGAUUGUUGUCUACGACAUGGAGAGUGAUGAGAUCAGAGUAUUAGAAGGAGUGCCUGAUAACUUGUCUGCAGGCCAAGUCCGCUGGGGUCCGAACGAUGACAGCGUUGUGUUUGUGGGUUGGUUGCAUGAGCCCUACAGACUUGGACUCAUAUAUUGUCCUAUUAGAAAAAAUGCCUUGUACUCACUAUCGCUUGAUGGAAAAAGUCUUGAACAAUUGACUGACCCCAAGUACGCCGUCCACUCACCCCGCUUUAAUCACACUAAAGAUAAGUUGAUUUACAUAGCUUUGGAUGUUGGUGGAGCACAUUUAAAAUGUGGAAGAUUAAUGCAGUAUGACUGGAUCGCAAAGACUACUUCAACUAUUGUUGAUGUUGUGGACAUUCCAGAAAAGGGCGGAUUUCCAGGGAUAUACAAUUUGUAUUUAACCCUCGCCGAUCGAUGCUGGACGCCAGAUGGGAACAGUGUCAUUUUGUCUACCGUAUGGAGAACUUCUCAGAAAAUUGUUCUCAUUAACUGCAAAGACAAAACGGUUACAAAUUUGACAUCAGCCCCUGGAUCGUGGAGCUUCCUUGAUAUCAAUAGUAACAUUCUUUUAGCUUCGCAUUCGUCACCAAACAGCCCACCAAAGUUGAUGGUGGCAACUUUACCACCUGAUAUCCCAGAACCUGGUUUAUCUUGGAUAGAAGUAGCUCAUUCCGAAAUUCUCAACCUAGAGAAUGAAAUUUCAUGGAAGGUGAUGACACUUGCACCCAGCGAGAACGCAGAUUUCAAAGAUGAGUAUGAAGCUGUUUUCAUCAAGCCAGGGUUGAAGGAUGAAACGAAGCCCCCGCUUAUUGUUUUCCCGCACGGAGGACCUCACUCUGCCUUUUUAUCAGAUUUCUCUCUCUCCAGUGCUUGUCUCUGCAAACUUGGAUUUGCUAUCCUCGGUGUCAACUUCAGGGGAUCCAUAGGAUUUGGCGAAACACAGCUUCACUCCCUGCCCGGAAACAUCGGAAUACAAGAUGUACAGGAUGUGCAGCGUGCGGCUUUGAAAGUUCUCGGGAGUGGCGAAGUCGACACAUCGAACGUUUUUAUUAUGGGGGGAUCCCAUGGGGGAUUUUUGACAACACAUCUCAUUGGACAGUAUCCGGAUUUCUACAGAGCUGCUGCUACGCGUAACCCUGUUGUAGAAAUAUCUGCGAUGGUGAGUUUAUCAGACAUUCCGGAUUGGUGCUUCUUUGAAAAUGGAGAAGAAUUUCGUCAUGAUGCUGUUCUAGAUGGCCAUACGUUAGUUAAAAUGCUGGAAGAAUCUCCCUUCAGCCUCAUUAAAAAGGUUAAAACUCCAAUUUUGAUCAUGUUGGGAGAGGAUGACCUGCGGGUUCCUCCAAGUCAAGGAAGAAAAUACUACAAAGUUUUAAAAGCUCAAGGAACAAAGACGAGGUUGCUUUCGUAUCCUGAUAACAAUCAUCCAAUCAGCAAAGUCGAGGCCGAGAGCGACUCGUUUAUAAACAUGGCGAGAUGGUUCUUUGAACAUUUGCUGAAGUAACCUCAUUCCUUGAUCAUCACUGGCAGCUUGUCGAGUGGCACCAUAAUUUCGUGUGUCAGUUCCUCCGCUGUAUGAAAAAAUUUGGUAUAAGAUAUCUCUUCCCUGUCGGACGA